UCCAUGUCCUGAACUGUGGUGUAUCGCUACCAUGCUUAGAUUCUCCAUUCUUGCACCGCUCUUGGCAAGUGCCCUCCUCCUCGCUCAAGUCACUGGCCAAACGACCUUCAAAAACCCUGUCAUUUACGAGGACUUCCCAGACAAUGACAUCACCGUGGGACCUGACAACGCCUUCUAUUUCUCCGCGUCAAACUUCCACUACAGUCCCGGUGCACCCAUACUGAAGUCUUUCGACCUGGUCAAUUGGCAGCUGAUCGGGCAUUCCAUCCCACGCUUGGACUUCGGAGGUGGCUAUGAUCUCCCAGCAAGCGGCGAGCGAGCCUACCGCGGUGGAACCUGGGCUUCUUCGCUGAGAUACCGGAAGAGCAACAAGACGUGGUACUGGAUCGGUUGCACCAAUUUCUGGAACACGUGGGUCUACACCGCGCCAUCUGUGACAGGUCCAUGGACGAGAGCCGCUAACAUUGGCCCUGGGGGAACUUGCUACUAUGACAAUGGCUUGCUGUUCGACGAUGACGACACGCCGUACGUUGUGUAUACUAAAGACGCCACAGUCAAUGUAGCGCAGCUUGCAGCGGAUGGCUUGAGCCAGGUCAAGAGCGUGAAUGUGGUUAACGCGUCGAUGGUUGGGGCGGAUAGCAUUGAAGGCAAUCGCCUGUACAAAAUCAACGGGACGUAUUACAUUCUCAACGAUAAGCCGGGAAGUACGACAUAUAUCUGGAAAUCGAAGAGUCCCUGGGGUCCUUACACCUCCAAGAUCUUGGUAGACAGCAUCAAGUCACCUCUCAAUGGCGGUGGCUCUCCGCAUCAAGGCAGCCUGGUUCAGACUCCUAAGGGCGACUGGUACUAUAUGUCCUUUACAUGGGCGUUUCCAUCGGGCAGGCUUCCUGUGCUGGCACCUAUCAAAUGGGGUAGCGAUGGCUUCCCCGUCCUCGUCAAUGGUGCGAACGGCGGCUGGGGAGACUCCUACCCUAUGCCACUCAACGUGCACGCGAUGCCCAACUGGACAACUACGUACACCUUCCAAGGCACUUCUCUACCCCCGACAUUCGAGUGGAACCACAACCCCGACACCACCAAGUAUACCGUCAACAACAGUCUCACACUGUCAACCGCAAGCAUCACGACCGAUAUCUACUCUGCACGUAACACGCUGACGCACCGCGUCCACGGCGAGUAUCCCGUCGGAACAGUCCAGAUCGAUUUCACCAACAUGGCCGACGGCGACCGCGUUGCUCUCGCGGCCUUCCGCGAUCGCAGUUCGUACAUUGGGAUCCACCGCGACGGCUCCACAUACACCCUCACAACUAAGUUCAACAUGACGCUCGACGAGUGGGGCGGCUCUACGCUAGACAAUGGAACGGUUGUUGCCACGACUAAGCUGCCUACCAGUAGUAGCAAGAAGAUUUGGCUGAGGACGAACAUGGAUGUCAGACCUGAUGGGAGCAAUAAUGCGACGUUUUCGUACAGCACGGAUGGUAAGAGCUUUGUGCUGCUUGGUGGGACGUAUAAGUUGUACACGGGGUGGGCAUUCUUUCUGGGGUAUAGAUAUGGUAUACUGAAUUGGGCGACAAAGGCGCUGGGAGGGUCGGUGAAGGUGUUGAGUUUUACGGUUGCUUGA